AUGCAACGCAACUCUCUCAUUCUCCCAAUGAUGUCUUACAAGCUAGACAUAUUUGAAUUCUUUGCUCUCGCCACCAUUCUCCUUUGGAAUAUCGGACUGGAAAAUCAAACAGAAGAGUGUGCACGGACCGGAGAAAAAAUGAAGGAGCAAGUGAAGGCUGAGCUUGUACACUAUAUGAAGUAUUACAAAAGAAUCGAGGAGCCUGGAAUCAGAAUCGCAUCUAUUGUGAACUUGUUGCCAGCUGUUGAGAGAUGUGUGAAAAAGAUACAAGAUGACAUGGAGAUGACUCAAGUGUUUAAGUUGUCGAAGGUGGUUUAUAAUUAG